UCAUCGCGUGACGCUCCCCGGCGCGGCUGAGGCCCCGCCCUCCCGUUUGCCGGCCGGCGCGCGCUGCGGGCGGAGAGCUCGCGCCGCGUCCUCCCGCCCGAGGAAACGGCGGCGGCGGCGGCGGCGGCCAUGAAAAUCUGGAGCUCGGAGCACGUCUUCGGGCAUCCCUGGGAUACAGUGAUCAAAGCUGCUAUGAGAAAGUACCCCAACCCAAUGAACCCAUGUGUAGUAGGAGUAGAUGUCCUCGACAGAAGCCUUGACAACCGGGGGAGGCUGCACAGCCACCGUCUGCUCAGCACAGAGUGGGGAUUGCCAAGUAUUGUAAAAGCGAUUUUAGGAACAAGUAGAACUCUGACUUACAUUGAGGAACGUUCUGUGGUGGAUCCAGUGGAAAAAAAGAUGGAGCUUUGCUCAACUAAUAUUACCCUUACAAACUUGGUGUCUGUUGAUGAGAGACUGGUUUACACACCUCAUCCUGAAAACCCUGAAAAAACUGUGCUAACUCAAGAAGCAGUUAUUACUGUCAAAGGCAUUAGCUUGAGCAGUUAUUUGGAAAGCUUAAUGGCAAACACAAUAUCUUCUAAUGCCAGAAAGGGCCGGGAUGCCCUGGAGUGGGUGAUCAGCAAACUGAACACAGAACUGGAAGAGCUGAAGUCAACGCGUGAGGGCAUAAAACCAGCCAUGGCAGCAGCAUCCACAGAGAAAUAGUAGCCAAAAACACAGCGAGUAACUGAUUGAAACAUUUCAUUCUGCUGUCUCGAUGGCCCUUCCAAGACUCAUCUGCGUAUGUUUUAUAUAUUUAUAAGAAUAUUGGAUCAGCAGGAAGGUAACCUCGUCUUUCAUCUCCCUUCACCUACUGCAGAUUACACUGACCUCCUGCAGAUGCUCUUUUCACUUAAACGAUUUCUUUUCAACAUUGAUAACAAAACGUUCAGCACAUUUAAAUCUGCCUAAAUGUGCCUUUUGUAACAAAGAUUAAGAGUGUGUUAUAUUUGAUACCAUCUUUUUCAUACUCAAACUUGGAAAGAACUCAUGUUCUCCAAAUGAGCAUUAGUUCUGUGAAGAGCUGAGAGCACUGUCUAUUUUGUACUCUUAAAACCAUUUAAAGGGAACUACGUGAAACAGAGCACGAUACUCUAGAAUUAAAGAUGCCUAUCUAGAGAAUCAUCCCCAACA